AUGCUGAUGUUAACCGAUUGGCAAAAGGGUCUUAAUCGCGGUGAUGUGGUUGGAUUAUGGAGUUGCAAUACAUACUAUUGGCCUCAAAUACUGUACGCGUGUGCCAGAUUAGGAUUAAUACAAUGCUCAAUUAAUCCGGCUUACCAGGCUGAUGAAUUGAAUUAUGUGCUCAGAAAUGCCCAGGUUAAGGCACUGUUUAUGCCAGGGGUGGGAAGUAAGCAAUAUGAACUUAAUAAGUUUGGCGAUGUUUUAAAUAAUGUUUUCCAACUGGAUGAUAAAUUUAUGAAAAUAUAA